ACAACUACGACCCCUCGCCGCACUUCACGACCUCACCUCAAUACCAACCUCAUCCAACUCUCACAAUCUCCGAACCUCACAUCCACCCCAACACGUCGUCACAAUGGCGACAGUAGAGCACUGCCUCUACUGCUUCGAAACCCUAGCCGCCCGCCUCGAAAAACGUACCCCAAUGACCCUCUACCAAGUCCAAUCCUCCUGGGCCGCGUACCCAAAGGAAGACUCUCCUCCCACAACUAAACCCAAACUGCCCGCCCUGCAACGCCUCUCCGAAUCCCGCUCCAGCAGCACCGGCUCCUCGACGCCCUCCUCCUCAACAUCCACCACCUCCCUCACCCCCGCCAGCUCCCUCUCCUCCUUCUCCCCCAUCGGCCUGCACCCGCGCCGCACCUCGCAACGCUCCAGCACACUAACCGAAUCCCCGCUCUUCGUAACCUGGAACACCCUUUCCUCGUCCUCCCCACACCAAAAGUCCCUCCGCGGCUGCAUCGGCACCUUCACCUCGACGCCCCUCUCCGCCGGCCUCUCCUCGUACGCCCUCGCCUCCGCAAUCCAAGAUGAUCGCUUCUCGCCCAUCUCCCUCCGCGAACUAUCCUCCCUCGAAGUCUCCGUCACGCUGCUCACGGAUUUCGAAACUUGUCCGAGCCCGCUGGAUUGGGAGAUCGGGGUCCAUGGGAUCCGGAUUAGUUUUUACGCAAGGAAUAAGAGGUACGGGGCGUGUUAUCUGCCGGAUGUGGCGGUGGAGCAGGAGUGGGAUAAGGAGGAGACGGUUGUGAGUGCGAUGCGGAAGGCGGGGUGGGGUGGGAGGCGGGAGAAGUGGAUGGAGGUGGGGGAUUUGAAGGUUGUUAGGUUUCAGGGCGUGGCGGAGAGUGUGGGGUGGGGCGAGUUUAGGAGGUGGAGGGAGUGGGUUGAGAAAGGAAAGGAGGAGGGGAAAUAGAUGGAGGUAGAGGAUUGGGUGGAGUUUGAUGGAAUGGCGUUCGAGGUGGGGGAUUGGGAGGGCUAUAAUAGUUGAAUGGGCAUUUCUUUCUUUGCUUCGAUCAUUUUCUCAUUUACAGUCAGUCAUGGUAGAAGAGACAUAGAAG